CAUCUACUUUUACUCUCCACUCCAUCAAAAUCGAGGGGGGAAAAAGGGGAAUGAAGAGAGCAGCAAUGCAAGCGGAGCCUCCAUCGGAAUCGGGUCCAGCCCGCUACUCUCUCCCCGCUCGGCCCUACCCAAGCGAGGACGUACUCUUCUGCGUCGACGUCGACGCAGAGUCCAGGGCCCAGAUGAGGCUUUCGGGUCAAAACGCCCGGUCAAUGACCCGCUUGGACUCCAUCAAGCAAGGCAUCCUCUUCUUUGUCAACGCUAAGCUCGCCAUCAACUCUGACCAUCGUUUCUCCUUCUCUUCUCUCGGGACUAGCCUCACUUGGGUUCGAAGGAAGUUCAAUAAUCAAGUUCAGUCAGCAGUUGAACAAGUUCAGUCACUUGCAGAAGCAGACUCAUCCUGUGACAAAGCUGAUCUCACUCUACUUUUCAAAAUGGCUACUCAUGAAGCAAAUAAAUCUAAGCAGCAGGGUCGGAUUUUGCGUGUGAUACUCAUCUACUGCCGAUCAUCAACUCUCCCCACUCACGAAUGGCCCGAAAGCACGAAGAACUUCACUUUAGACGUCAUCUAUCUUCAUGACAAGCCCAAUGCUGAGAACUGCCCACAGAGAGUAUUUGAUUCCUUAGUGGACGCUUCUGAACAUGUGAGUGAGCACGAGAGCUACAUUCUUGAAAGCGGGCAGGGAAUAAACCGAGGCCUUGUGCACCACCUCUGCACGCUCCUCUGCCACCCCGAACAGCGUUGUCUUCAAGAAGAGCUCGACAUCCCGAAGCCUAUCGUUGGAAAAUUGCGAGUGAAGGCUGAAGGCACUGCUGCUCUCAGUGAUGAUAGUUCACUUGAUGCCUGCUGGUGACAUGAAAAUUUUGAUAUAGUUUUGUUUUGGUUUUGCCUUGAAACUUUGCGGCUUGAAGGUGAGAAAUUUUGUAUGGGCUUUCUAGUCGUAAUGUGUCUUGUGUGUGCCUUUGGCAUCAGAAUGCUGAACCUUCUAUUAAGAAUCUCUCAAGAGUUAUGGUACA